AUGGUAACGCAAAUUGAAGAUGAAGAAGAAGAAGAAGGAGAAGAAGAAGAAGAAGAGGAUAAUAAUGGCGAUGAUGUUACAGAAAGGGAAAAGAACAGUUCCACCGUUUAUGUAAAAGGGAAAAUUCUAUCAAAUGGCCGUUAUUUAAAUGGUAUUGGUUUAUUGAAAACCUGUACUGAUCGCUUGGGAGGAGAUGGAGAAGAAGGGGAAGAAGUUGCGUUGUUGCUGAAAGGGUUGGGAGAGGAGAAGGAGAUUAGUUUGGAAGAAGGAGAACGGAAACAGCAGGAAGGUAUGGGGAGAAGGAGGCGGGAAGAAAAAGCUGAAAAUUGA